AAUUAAUGAUUGUUUUAAUAAAAUAAUUAUUCUCUGUGAUAUUAUAAGUGUAUAAUAGUUUAAAAUGAAAGUUUUGUGUUUUGUACUGUUUGUAACGGCCGCUGUGUCAGUCAGUGCACAAACCUUGGCCGUGAAACAUGUUGGUCCAUCACAUGACAAGAAGGUGGUCUGCUACGUCGCCACCUGGGCGGUCUACCGGCCCGACCCGGGCAAGUUCAGCUUGGAGGACCUGGAGCCAGGGCUAUGCACUCACCUGGUCUACUCAUUCGCUGGCCUGAAUGAGACUACUAAUACUAUUAAGAGUUUGGACCCAUGGCAGGAUCUAGAGACGGACUACGGAAGGGCUGGUUACAAGAGAAUAGUGGCCCUAAAAGACAAGUAUCCGCAUCUGAAGGUGACCCUCGCCAUCGGAGGGUGGAACGAGGGGUCCCCAAGAUAUUCCAAUAUGGCUUCCAAGGCAGAGAGCAGAGAUGCUUUUGUAAAAAGUGUUUUGCUGAUGCUAAAUAACUACAAGUUCGAUGGUUUGGACUUGGACUGGGAGUAUCCCACUAAGAGAGACGGAAAACCUUAUGACAGAGAAAACUUUGUAUUACUUGUAAAGGAACUAAGCGAAGCCUUCCAACCAUACGGCUACAUCCUCACAGCAGCUCUUGGAGCUGGCAAGACCACUAUGGAGACAGCUUACGACUUGGCCAAGCUGAGCCGCUACUUAGACCUCAUACACAUGAUGUGUUACGACUACCACGGGACCUGGGACGGAGUGUUAGGAGCUAAUGCACCUUUAAGGGGUAUUAAUGAUGAGGAUACUUUGAGUGUGGAAUGGACCGUCGAAUACCUUCUAUCCCACGGCGUAUCCCCAUACAAGAUGGUGAUGGGACUCCCCAUGUACGGGAGGACGUUCAUCCUCAGGGAUCCGUCCACGAAGGUGCUGGAGUUUGGCUCCACGCCGGUGCAGAGCACAGGAUUCAAGGGACCUUAUACUGGUGAAGCUGGGUUCAUGGGGUAUAAUGAGAUAUGUGUAGCAGCAUCCAACGGGUCGCAGUGGGAGUACCACUGGCACGAACAGUCUGAAACACCUUACAUUCGUGACGGAGAGAAAGUCAUCGCCUAUGACAACGGCAGGUCUCUCGCUAUUAAAGUCAAAUUCGCCAUAGAUAAGAACCUAGGUGGUCUUAUGGUGUGGAGUAUAGACACGGACGACUUUAAGGGGCUCUGCAACGAGACAGACGCUUACAUAGACUUCGUGGAGAGACACAAGAGGAUGGUCCAAGAUCCACUCGUUCAGAAGGCUGUCAAGACUUUGAAUAUACCUGAUGCAAACCUGCUAGGUUCAAGAGGCCCACACUACGUGGUGAAAGACGGUCUUCUAUCUCUACGUCUUCCGCACUUAAAAUAUUCCAACUACGCGCUCAUGCAGACCAUAAAUGAUGCUAUAUCCUUGGCUGUUGAAGAGAAACGGAUUAUGGACGAAAUGGAUAGGUUAUCCCGGGAUAACGAGGUACCAACGAACGAAGACAGUGGAGUAAAUAGGCUUGGGGUUAGUUUCGUCUGUCUGUUUGUGUGUUUGUCCUCUGUGCUUGGAAUUAAGGUAUAGUUCCUGCUUUUUAUUAAUGUAUUCUGAUAAUAAUUAAGUUUCGAUGGCUGGAAUUUUCUGGAGUUUGAAUUUAAUAAAACAGUUGUUGUUUUUGAAAUUUUGGGUAGAUUGAGCUUUGGACUGUUUAAAUUCGACUGUUUAACGUUUUGGUACAUUUACUUGAAAAAAAUUAGAGAGUUAAUAUUAAAAUAUCGGUUACUGAUUGGCAACACGCUGUGAGCUAGCGGGGUGAUCAAUGGUCAAACCUCCCCUACAUAGGAAGAGGCCUGUGCCCAGCUUUGGGAUGAAAAUAGGCUGAUUUUACAUGCUGGACCAGUUGUCGAAUUCAAUGAAGGAAUUGCCAAUCAUGGGGUUUAUUCAUCUUUUAAUAGUGGGAUUGUUGUAAAAGAGAGACAACAGCGCUUCGUUACUGGUCAAUAACAAUGAAUGUUUAAAUAUCUUUUCUUAAGUAUAGAAACAACAAUUUUUAAUUUUAAUACAAGAGAAUGAGUUUGAGAUUAGGAGGUCAACCUAUUAUAGUAAGACUGUUGCGUAUGUGUGAGAGGGAUAGCGCUCUAUGCCGUGUAUAGUGCUAUCUCGCUCAUACACCUGAAUGCCUUUUAUAAGGUGAAAUCCACUGCCGCAGUAUAUAUUAAAUCGAUUAUGUAAAUAUUUUUCGAAAACUCAUUAAUAAUGUAAUUCAUUUAUUUCUAUUUUUUAUUU